AGAGCACAGCAGCGGCGGCAGCGGCAGCCCCGGCUCCGGGACGGUGACCGAUACCGGGACGGCGGCGGAGGAUGGGUUGCGUGAAGUCAAAGGAAGCUGAUGUCCAAGAUAAGAUGGUAAAAACCAACCCCGACCCUGUUCCCAGCUUCCAGCUGGGCCACUAUGUGAGGGACCCCACCGCUGCCAACAGGAGGAACAAUAAUGUCCCCAGUGUGGCCGUGUCCCCGCCUGAGGAUGACUCGGGGGACAACGUGGUGCUGGCACUGUAUGACUACGAGGCGAUGCACAAUGGGGACCUGAGCUUCCAGAAAGGGGAGCGGCUCAAGGUGCUGGAGGAGUCAGGGGAGUGGUGGCAAGCACGGUCAUUGGCAACCGGGCGUGAAGGCUUCAUCCCCAGCAACUACGUCGCCCGAGCUGACUCACUGGAGACGGAGGAGUGGUUCUUCAAGGGCAUCAGCCGGAAGGACGCGGAGCGGCAGCUCCUUGCCCCUGGGAACAUGAUUGGGUCCUUCAUGAUACGGGACAGCGAGACGACGAAAGGCUGCUACUCGCUGUCGGUGCGGGACAGGGACGACCUGCAUGGUGGCACAGUGAAGCAUUACAAGAUCCGGACGCUGGAUAACGGUGGCUUCUACAUCUCCCCGCGCAGCACCUUCGAUACGCUGCAGGAGCUGGUCCAUUACUACAAGGGGCAGAGUGACGGGCUGUGCCAGAAGCUCACCUACCCCUGCUGCGUGCCCAAACCACAGAAGCCCUGGGAGAAAGAUGCCUGGGAGAUCCCUCGGGAAUCGCUGACGCUGGAGAAGAAGCUGGGAGCUGGCCAGUUCGGAGAAGUGUGGAUGGCUACCUAUAACAAGCACACCAAGGUGGCGGUGAAGACGAUGAAGCCUGGGAGCAUGUCUGUGGAGGCCUUCCUGGAGGAAGCCAACAUGAUGAAGACGCUGCAGCACGACAAGCUGGUGAGGCUGCACGCAGUUGUCACCAGGGAGGAGCCCAUCUACAUCAUCACUGAAUUCAUGGAGAAAGGGAGCUUGCUGGAUUUCCUGAAGAGCGAUGAGGGGAAAAUGCAGCCGCUCCUGAAGCUGAUCGACUUCUCUGCCCAGAUUGCAGAAGGGAUGGCUUUUAUUGAGAAGAGGAACUACAUCCACAGAGACCUGAGAGCUGCCAAUAUUCUGGUGUCAGCAAUACUGGUGUGCAAGAUCGCGGACUUUGGGCUGGCCAGAGUCAUUGAAGAUGACGAGUACACGGCCCGGGAAGGUGCCAAGUUUCCCAUUAAAUGGACAGCACCAGAAGCCAUCAACUAUGGAUCUUUCACUAUAAAAUCAGACAUCUGGUCCUUUGGGAUCCUCCUGACCGAGAUCGUCACCUACGGGCGCAUCCCAUACCCAGGGAUGUCAAGCGCGGAGGUGAUCAGGGCCCUGGAGCACGGCUACCGAAUGCCCCGCACAGAGAACUGCCCCGAGGAGCUCUAUGACAUUAUGAUGAGAUGCUGGAAGAUCAAACCUGAGGAUCGUCCCACCUUUGAGUACCUGCAGAGCAUUUUGGAAGAUUUCUUUACUGCAACAGAGAGCCAGUAUCAGCAGCAGCUGUAAGGCAAGCAGCUUGGUGAAGACAGUGGACACCCCACACUAUGCCUGCCGUGUUUGUGGCAGCCAGCACACGCACCCUGCUCUUCCCUGUCCCACUCGUGAUCUGCCUCCACACGCCUUCCUCUGCCAGCCUGGCCUGGGACCCACAGCCUUCCUGGUGUGGCUGGGCUGAAAGCAGGGGUAAGAGGAAGCCACGCUCAGGACAGCUCUCUGGGGCUGCUGGACAGAGGGAAAAGUGACAUGGAACCAUACCUUGUGCCUUUCACACCUUGUGCCUUGUGCCUGUGAGGCAGCUGCUCCAAGAAGCACUGGCUGGACAGUGGUUGCCUGCGCCGGCAGCACCAUGCAAGGAGGGCUGGGGCUGGGCCUGUUUCAGCUACAAAGAAAAGAAACCCAGACUAUUAUUAUUAUUUUUAA